GAGGCUUUUUGGUUUUGCUUUAUUCUCUCUUUCUCUCCGCAAACUCCCCCGUUUCUACCCGCCCCUCCUUGAAACAUCAGAACCCACAAAGCCCAUCAGCCCCUCCUCUAUAAAUAAUCCAAGACCCAUUUGUAGCCCUUCCUCACAAGAAAACUCACUUCCCCAGAAAACCCAAAUCCCCAUUUCUCCCUCACCCUCCACCAUCCUGUUCUGCUGCUUCAUCGUCUCCUUCUUCUACGCCCAGAGAUCUCCAGAAAAAUCUCAACUUUGCCUCACGGGAGGCGCACAGAUCGCGCAGAAGGGCGGAAAUGAAGGAGUUCUGGACAUCUCUGGCCUCCCUCCUGGGCGUCCUGGCCUUCUGCCAGAGCCUCCUGCAGAUGGUGUUCCCGCCCGAGCUCCGGUUCGCCUCCCUCAAGUUCCUGAACCGGUUGUUCAACUGCUUCUCCUUCUACUGCUACUGCGACAUCACUGAGAUCGACCGCGUCAACACCAACGAGCUCUACAAUGCCGUCCAGCUCUACCUUAGCUCCUUCGUCUCCCCCUCCGCCAGCCACCUCUUCCUCACCCGCACCAUCAACUCCAGCGCCACCACCUCCGGCCUCUCCAACGACAACUACAUCAACGACGUCUUCAACGGCGUUGCUGUCCAGUGGGAGCACGUGGUGACGCAACGCCAGUCCCAGACCUACUCGUGGCCGCCCCUCCCUGACGAGAAGCGUGGCUUCAUGCUCCGGAUCCGGAAGCGCGACAAGGACAUCAUCCUCGACUUCUACCUGAAUUACAUCAUGGAAAAGGCCAACGACAUCCGCCGCAAGAACCAAGAACGCCUCCUUUAUACUAAUUCGCGCGGCGGGUCGCUCGAUUCCCGUCGCCACCCGUGGGAAUCUGUGCCGUUCAAACACCCGAGCACCUUCGACACGUUGGCCAUGGACCCGGAGAGGAAGAGUAACAUCGAGGAGGACCUCCGCGACUUCGCGGCCGGGCAGGCGUUCUACCAGCGGACAGGCCGGGCCUGGAAGCGGGGCUACCUGCUCUACGGCCCGCCUGGGACGGGGAAAUCGAGCAUGAUCGCCGCCAUGGCCAAUUUCCUUGGCUAUGACAUCUGCGACCUCGAGCUGACCGAGGUGCACUCCAAUUCCGAGCUCCGGAAGCUCCUCAUGAAGACCAGCUCCAAGUCCAUCAUCGUCAUUGAGGACAUCGACUGCUCAGUAAAUCUGUCGAACAGGGCUAAGGCAACCCACGCCGGCGCGCCACGGAGCUACUACGACUCCGGCGCGCCCGACGCGGCCCGCGGCGGCGAGGAUGGGAACAACAACAACACGAUCACCCUCUCGGGGCUGCUCAACUUCACCGACGGCCUGUGGUCGUGCUGCGGGAGCGAGAGGAUCUUCGUGUUCACCACCAACCACAUCGAGCUCGACCCGGCAUUGCUCCGGAGCGGCCGGAUGGACAUGCACAUCUACAUGAGCUACUGCUCGUACCCGGCCCUCAAGAUCCUGCUCCGGAACUACCUGGGCAGCGAGGCCGAGGAACUCGGCGAGGCGGCGGCGAGCGAGCUCCGGGAGGCGGCCGAGAAGGCCAAGAUGACGCCGGCGGACAUAAGCGAGGUCCUGAUCAAGAACCGGAGGAACAAGGAGAGAGCGGUGGGGGAGCUGCUGGAGGUGUUGAGGGCGAGGGCGGAGAGGAACGAGAAGUGCGGAGGGUUGAGGGAGGAGUGCGAGCUGAACGGGGUGGUGGAGGAGAUGGAGGAAGAGGAGCAGGAGAAGAGGGCGCUGGAGAGCCCGAAGGAAGGGAGCGACUGCGAUGACGAUUCUUGCAAGAAAGUGGAGGAUGAUGAUGAAGAGAAGGAGAAAGCCAAAUGAGAGGAAAAAAUCCAUUCGCCCCUUUUUCGUUUUUCCUUUUCACUUCCAUUUCUUUUCUCUCCUUUUUUGCACCUUUUUUCUCUCUUCUUUUGGCUUAGAAAAUGGGGAAAAAAAGCAAUUCGAUGAUUUCGCUUCGUCAUUUGUGAGGGCAAGUUGGUAAGUUUCGAUUUUUAAAGAGCUCUCGACUUCGUGUCUUAUUAUGGAAUUAAAAGCUCGCAUGACUCAGCAAAUAUUAUAAUAAAAAUUAGAAAAUAAAAAGCUCUUACGACA